GGGAUGCCUAAGCCCAAACCCAAACCCAAACCCGAAAGCUCUCCCCACUCCAAAGUCAGAACAGUUGAGGUGCACACUCACUCCACUUUCUUCACCUCCCUCCCAGCGCCGUUUCUAGCUAGCUCUGUCGUGUACCGAUCUGUUCAAUGUCGAAAGAGGAGGAGGAGGAGGUGGUUUUCGAUCUCCCUGAAGAUGUUCUAGUCAAGAUUCUGUGCCGGUUGCCCGUCAAGUCUUUGAUCCGGUUCACUUGUGUCUCGAAACGGUGGCGUUCUCUGAUCAUUUCCGACUCUCAGUUUGCCAGAUUCACUUUUGAAGUUGCAUCUCAGACUAGAACCCUCCGUCCACGACUCCUCCUCUGCACCUACCCUUAUACUCGAGGUUAUUGUCCUAGAUUUGAAUGGGAACCCUCUCGAUUUGAGUGUUUAGGAGACUUGGACAUGCCUUGUUUCUGGGGAAAUUCACCGGUUCACCGUCCCAGAUUUGUAUGGGAACCUUCUCGACUGACCGUCCCGCCGGAGGUCGGAAUCGAAAGGGUAAUAGCUUCAUGCAACGGUUUGGUGGUUCUAGGCAACGUGUAUAGGUCUUACACCAAUUUGUCAGUGUGGAACCCAUCAACUGGAUUCUUCCGCAAGAUACCGAGUCCAGAGUUUUUGUUGGAAAAGGGAAGAUGUAUUAGCUCUGCAACUUGCGGUUUUGGUCAUGUCAUGGCCACUGAUUACUACAAACUUGUUUUCUUUGAACCCCUAGAUUUUGCAGUUCACAUAUUUUCAACCAAUGAUAGCUCAUGGAGAGUUUUCAGAGCUCCUCACUUGUCGUUCCCCCACUAUUAUGGUAGGGCUCUUUUAGUUUCUAAUGGAGCAAUUCAUUGGGUCAGUAGAACUGGGAUCGGGGAGCCAGCUAUCUCUGCUUUUGAUUUGGCAGAUGAGAAGUUCCGGCAAUUGCCAUUGCCUCGUGUUAUGAUCGAAAAUGAAGAUAUGAAUGCAAGACCGAUAGGAACUCAGGUUCUCAAAGGAGGACACCUUUGUGUAUGGUCAAAUGGUGAAUUUUGGGUGAUGAAAGAGUAUGCGGUCCCUGAAUCUUGGGUUAAAAUGUUUCAAUUUAGUGUGCUUGAUUUACCAGAUGUGUUUGCUUCAACGUCUGGUUGGAUUCCUGUUUUUGUUACACAAGGCGGUACAGUUGUGAUCCUCCUUGACAAGGAGUUGGUCAGAAUUGAAUGUCAUAGAGAACGGAAGCCUGUCUGUAGCGGUCGGUAUAAGAUUGAGGGUGCAAUGCAGGGUUUGUUUCAAUAUGCUGCGACGGUAUAUGAUGAAACUCUACUUUCGGUAUAGCUAAAUGUUACGGUAAUUCACCGCGAGGCAUGAGGACUGGAGUCGUGAAAAACUAAAACCAGAAAUGAAGAGGGAUUGCUCUCUGCAUUCAAAUGCUGGUUGGCUUUUAUCUGUUAACUGUAGCAAUUUGGAUUCUCCACAUUUUGUCGUUGUUUAAUUGAUGAUCAAUCUGUCUUUUGUUUCUCUCAAUGUGUUUGCUGGACGAUGCAUUACUAUUACUAUCAGUACGAAGACUUUGGUUUUAUGGUUG